AUGACUAGAUCGUGCUCUGUUCGUGGUUGUAAGAGUGAGUCUUAUCCUGGUUGCGGAAUAAAAUUUUAUAGGUUGCCAAAAGAUCCAAAUCUAUGUAGUGCAUGGAAAAAUGCUAUUGGACGCGAAAAUGUACCACAGUCAGCUGCAGUGUGCAGCAAACAUUUCAGAGCUAGGGACUAUUUACCUCGACUUUCACCACUACAAGCAAAAAGAUUAAAGCCAGGAUCUAUACCUGCUCGGUUUUUGCCUAUUAUACCUAGAACACCAAGGCCUAGAGUUAAGGUUCUACCGGAGUGUGCCUCACCUGAUGCGGAACACUAUUUAGAAGACAGUUUAGAAUUAGAGGAGUCAGAAAUGUAUAGUCAUCAACAAGAUCCACUAUCAGUAGAAUCUCGGCCUGUACUGUCAGUAGAUAGAAAUAAGAAUAGUAAACAAUUGUUAAUUACUAUAGAUGCUACAUCACUAAAGAGUCCGCAAGAGGACCAUAAUUAUACUUUGCAAGCCGAGCCAGCUGAAGUAACAUCAGAGCCGCGCUUACAACUUGAAGAAUCUACGACGGAGUCAGAAUCUCAAGAUGAUGAUGAAACAGAGACUCAGACAAAACCGCCCAACAUAAAUAAUAAUUCUAAUAAGUCAAUAUUAUAUGAAUAUCUAAAGAAGAAUUUAGGAGAAUAUGAGAGGAUUAAAUGGAUUAAAGAAGCUAACAGAAGAAAGAAUAGAAUUGAGCAACUACAGAGAAAAGUGAAAGUAUUACAAAAUAGACUUAGAAAAAGCAAAGAGAAUGAAGAACAAAUGAAAAUACUUUCUAGAUCAGUAAAAAACUAUACAAGAUUUAGUGAAAUUGAUAAUAUAUUAAGUGGCAGGUUCAAAGAAUUGUGUAAAACGGUAACUAGCAAUGCUCCAAAGAAAUUAGACUAUACGCCUAAUGUGAUAAAGUUCGCUAUAUCUCUGUACUACCUAUCUCCUAAAGCAUAUGACUUUGUAAAGAAAUACAUGGACCUACCUCACACUAAUAUAUUACAGAAAUAUUUAUCAAGCGGAACAUAUAUUAUAAAUUUGGAUGAAUAA